AUGCUCCUCGACAUCAAUCGGAAGCUGCUAGCACGUUGCGCGCGAGUCAAGGCGGUAGAUUUCCACCCGACGGAGCCAUGGCUGAUAACGGGCCUGUACACUGGCAACGUCAUCAUUUAUCAUGUCGACACCGGCGCCAUCAUCAAGACGUUCGAGGUGACCGAAGUGCCCGUGCGCUGCGUGCGGUUCAUCGCGCGCAAGAACUGGUUCGUCUGCGGCUCGGACGACUUUCACCUGCGCGUCUUCAACUACAACACGGGCGAAAAAGUCACGGCGCUCGAGGCUCACCCCGACUAUAUCCGCUGCCUCGCCGUCCACCCGACUCAGCCUCUCGUCUUGACUGGUUCGGAUGACAUGACGAUCAAGCUGUGGGACUGGGAGAAGGGGUGGAAGUGCAUUCAGGUCUACGAGGGCCACACGCACUACAUCAUGAACCUCGCGUUCAACCCGAAGGACUCUAACACGUUCGCGUCGGCGUGUCUCGACCGCACCGUCAAGGUCUGGUCGCUCGGUUCGCCCGUCGCCAACUUUACGCUCGACGCGCACGACAAGGGCGUCAACUACGUCGAGUACUACCACGGCGGCGACAAGCCCUACCUCGUCACCUGCGGCGACGACCGGCUGAUCAAGGUGUGGGACUACCUGUCCAAGUCGUGCAUCCAGACGCUCGAGGGCCACACCUCCAACGUCUCGUUCGUCAUCUUCCACCCGUCCCUCCCCGUCCUCGUCUCCGGAUCCGAAGACGGCACAGUCAAGAUCUGGCAUUCGGCGACCUACCGCCUCGAGAACACGCUCGACUACGGCCUCGAGCGCGCGUGGUGCGUCGCGUACGCGCGCAAGGGCAACGACGUCGCGUUCGGAUUCGACGAGGGAGCAGUCGUCGUCAAGCUCGGUCGCGAGGAGCCCUCUGUCUCGAUGGACCACUCGGGCAAGGUCGUCUAUGCCCGCAACGCAGAGAUCCUCACUGUCGCGCUGCAGUCCACCGCCGACGAGUCCAUCCCCGACGGCCAGCAGCUCUCGCUCGCACCGCGCGAGCUGGGCAACACCGAGGUGUUCGCCUCGACGCUCCAGCACUCGCCGAACGGUCGCUUCGUCACGGUGUGCGGCGACGGCGAGUACAUCAUCUACACGGCGCUCGCGUGGCGCAACAAGGCGUUCGGGCAAGGUGUCGGGUUCGCGUGGGCGAGCGACUCGAACACGUACGCCGUCCGCGAGGCAGGCAGCAAGAUCCGCGUCUACCGCAACUUCAAGGAGCGGCCCAACCUCGUCCAGGUCACGUACCCGACCGACGGCGUCUACGGCGGACCGUUGCUCGGCGUCAAAGGCAUGGGUUUCGUCGUCUUUUACGACUGGGAGACGGGGGCGAUCGUCCGCCGCAUCGAGGUCGAGGCGCGCGACGUCUCGUGGUCGACGACCGGCAACCUCGUCGCCAUCGCAGGUGACGAGUCGUUCUACGUCCUCCGCUUCGACCGCGACGCGUACCAGGCGCGCCUCGACUCGGGCGCCGAGAUCGACGACGAGGGCGUCGAGGAGGCGUUCGAGCUCGAGUCGGAGAUCUCGGACGCCGUGCAGACGGCCAAGUGGGUCGGCGACUGCUUCGUCUACACGACCGCCGCGAACCGCCUCAACUACCUUGUCGGCGGCCAGACGCACACGAUCACCCACUUUGAUACGACCAUGUACCUCCUCGGCUACCUCCCGCAGCACAACCGCAUCUACCUCUGCGACAAGGACGUCAACCUCUACGCCUACUCGCUCUCGCUCUCGGUCAUCGAGUAUCAGACCGCCAUCCUCCGCGGCGACCUCGACGCCGCGAACGAGAUCCUCCCUUCCGUCCCGCACGACCAGCGCAACCGCAUCGCCCGCUUCCUCGAGGCGCAAGAGCUCCGCGAGCUCGCGCUCGAGAUCUCGACCGACCCGGAUCACAAGUUUGACCUCGCCAUCGCCCUCGACGACCUCGAGACGGCGCUCUCGCUCGCACGCAGCUCGCCGCACCUCGGCUCGCAGACCAAGUGGCGCGCAGUCGGCGACCGCGCGCUCGCGGGGUGGAAGAUCCAGCUCGCCGAGGAGUGCUUCAAGCAGGCCAACGACCUCUCGGCCCUCUUGUUGAUCUACACCUCGACCGGCGACCGUGCCGGCCUCGAUGGCCUCGUCGAGCGCGCGACCGAGCAGGGCGCCUUCAACAUCGCCUUUGCUGCGGCCCUCCAGCUCGGCGAGUCGUCCAAGUGCGUCGACACGCUCCUCGCGACCGACCGCGCGCCCGAAGCAGCCCUCUUUGCGCGGACGUACGCGCCGAGCCAGGCCCCUCGCGCACUCAAGGCGUGGAAGAAGCAGCUCGAGGCGGCGAAGAAGCCGAAGCAGGCGAACGCGCUCGCCGACCCCGAGGCGAACCCGGAAGAGUUUGGGGACUGGAACGAGGCGCUCGAGCGCGAGCGGAGCAGGCCUCCUCCCGGCUCGGAGCAUCCCGACUUGGUGCAGUUCGGCGAGGAGGAGCGAGGGGCGGACGAGCGGGAAGGCGAGGCGGCGUAUGGGCAGCAGGAGCAGCAGGUCACGAACGGCUUGGCGGGACUGUCCUUCCAGGACUCGCAUGCGCACGCGAACGGCGACCUGAUCGAUGCUGAUGACUCCGACUUGCCUCCCGCAAUUCCCGUCGUCAACGGCGCGCCUCCAGCACAACAAGAGGAGGACUUGCUCGCAUGA